CUGGCGAAGACCACAAUUAUAAAAAAUCGCCGCCAAGCCCCCGUGUUAAGGUCGUCGAUAGCGUAGAGCAUGCUGGCCAGAUCGAGAAAACAGGAAUAGCUACAAGUCUAGUCCCACCGAAAAGUGCUUUGAAGACAACGCCAUCGUCUUCUACAGACCACAAGAACAUGUCCAACAAUAGGACAACACUCGGUGGCUCCUCGUCUGGUCAACAACUUUUUAGAGUCGACAACGGGCUUUUGCGUGCCCAAGUUUCCGGCUUAGCCUACCGUAGUGCCCCCAGCGACAGCAUGCAGCAUCAAACAGCCAGAAUCGCGAAGUGGAACACAAUCGUGAAGGGAGUGCCAGCUGUCCUCGAUGACGACUCUUUGUCACCUCGAAAAACCGUCUCAAGAAGCUCAGCAGAUGACAACAUCAAUCGAGGAGAAGCCAACGAGUACAUAUUUUUGCCUGAAGAGAACCUCUAUCUUCCGCGAACGCUUUACGGUGUACAAGUCUUGGUCCCCAUUGGAUCAGACAUUCCAAGUUCCGCCCCUGACCAUCGACUAAGUAACUAGAAUGCAAACGUCGUCGUGGAGGUGAAGACUUUCUCACAAUAAAUCAGAACAUGACUAGCUUAUCCUUAUUUUUUAAUUUAAUAUUACUAUUAGUACUCUCUAUUCAGGUCGUCGGACACGGAGGUGAAAGAGCACACGGCGAUCACAACAUACUAAGUAGAAAAAUCCUCGGGAAAACAACAACCAUCAAGCUAGGAAAAAUUACUAUCUUCUACACUUUUCUAUCUCACCCUUCAGAAAGCCUAGCGGUCGACUAGAUGGAUAAAUUUUGUAUCUAACUACAUGUGCAUCUGCAUGGUGUACAGAGCAGAAAAAUGUAUAGGCGUUUUCAUUAAGCUGCAAGGUCCGCCAUCACUUGCGACUUUAUAUUUUUAGUUUCCUCCUGUGCAUGUCCUGUUCGUCGCGAAUUAUCAUUUCUAGCGCUUACCCUUAGUCAGUCUCAGUGUCACGCCAACAAUUAUCAAUCGACUCCGUAUGUAUCUCAAGAAACUCAUCUUUGCUAACAUUUGUUGUACAGGGUGUGAAUGUGCUAUUGCUUUCUCAGUAAGAAACAUUGCCAAUGCCAAAUAAAAAUCGACAUGCACAUGAAUGUUCGUGCUAGAUGAUAAUAAUUUUUUGAAAUGUUCUUAAAUGUAAAUGUGGUUAACGAUAAUAAAGGAAAUGAACUUGAUAUACUUAUACAUGCAUCCGGAAAAUAAUGCUUCAAAUGCUCCUAAAUCAUGCAUCCGGAAAAUCAACGAAUUGCUAAUGACGAACUAUCCAACCAACAGUAGUAGCUGUGUCUGUAAAAAAAGAUUACUUAUAUUUUCAUGUCAUAAACCUAAGGCGAAGCAGGGUUAGCGAGUCUUGACGCAACGCCCGUAAUUUCGUCUUGAUAGAUUCUGCUAAAAGAGUGCCGCUUAUUCUGGGUGCCGUGCGCAUGUGGUACUUAUUGAGACUCAGAGGAGAGGAGGUGGAAAGAUGAAAAACAUUUGCUUCGUAGGCAUCGCUUCAUGAAUACAAUAAAACUACUUAAGCUUGCAUAAAAAGAAUUCCAGUUCCAGCGAUGGAGAACUCAAUGUCGCACAUCGUCAACCACAGAGGGUGAUCAUGACCACCAACAGCAAUACUUUUUCCACCGCCUUUUUGAAGACAAACAGGAGCUCCAGGUCCAGCCAGAGACAGGCGGAAAUAUCAAAAUCAAUCUAGAAAAAAAAACUACACUCUCUAUCACGACAUGUUUAAG